AUGAGCCCCUGGGGCAUACUCAAUGGUAUGGGCAUGGCAGACCCCAAACCCCAGUUCUCCUACGUAGUUGAGAAGCUGUGCAAAUACAAACUUGCAUACAUCCAUGUCAUGGAGCCGAUGCCUGCUGAAGUCACAAUAGAGCAGGAAUAG